UGCUCUUUUCAAAACCGGUUAACCAGUUUGUUUUGCUUUGCGUGUUGGUACCCUAGAACUGCAGCGACCGGUUAAGUACCCUAUCAGUCUGUCGAAGCAACGAAAGUGAAACCGCAUGGCAGUGCGUCGGAAAUGUGUGGUGUUUUCGGCGACGUGAUCAGAAAUGGACGUCUCGACACAAACAUGCCUGUCACCGUACGUUUGGAAGAUGAUCUGCGAGACGGGAAUGUCGAUAGAUCUCGAAAACAUUCUUACAAAGGCCCUUACCAUUGACACGGUGCGGCUGAGAAGCGUUUUGGACCUUUGUGAAGUCAUGCAAAGCAACGAGGCAUGGCACUCAAGGACAUUGGAGGUUCUGUCACCAUCAAUCCAUCACAUCGGAACAGUCUACGCAGAACUGUCUAACGAUGAAUUUCAGGUCAACGCAAUCAUAGUUUCCUCAUGGACGGGUGCAGAGAAGGACAUUCAAGACUGCUUUGAGUGGCUGAAGUGUGAUGACCCUUGCGGGCCUGUCCUGGCCAUACUUAGGAUAACUGCCAUCCUGGAGCAUUCUCUCGGCAACGUUCUGUUUGAAAAAGGCAUUCAGGUGCCAUUUCUUCUAAAAGACAUCCUGACUGCACCACAGCUACAUGAAACCUUUGGACCCGAACUUAUGACCCUCUUGAAAGUCAUUGUGGGUCCUCCGCAGUCUCUCAACCUGCGCAAUGUCAUGUGGCACGGGUUUGUCAGGCCAGAGGAAGUUGACAGCAGAUAUGCCUAUCUCUUGAUCUGCAUUGUCCUGAGCCUCGGAGAACAGAUGAUGCUUCGCCAUGGUGUUGAUGGACAGAACAUGCAACGCCGCAAAUGCUUUUCGCUGGAGAGGUAUGCGACAGUGCUGGAUGACUUUCAAGGUGUCCAUUUCAGUCAAGAACAAUUCCUGUCAGUACUUGAGUCCAGUUCUCUGGUUCUUCCGGGAAGAAUGGCAUACUGGCGUACGUGCAUGGAUCUUCUAAGCAAGGGUUUGUACGCUGAAUGUUUAACGUUGGCAUUGCCCCAGUUAGAAUGCGUGCUGAGGGUUCUCUACACAAAAGUAAAUGAGUGCUCCCAUCGCCUACUAACAGCAGAGAUGUCAACAUUGUACACAACAAUGGAUGAGGUUCUUGCAAAGGAAAUGGAGUCUGGCUCGACGAAUGCUCUCAGGAUCGCCCUUGGAGACCCUCACUUUGAGAUGCUUCUCGACGUAUUUUCGUACCUUGAAGGACCGAGGUUGAGGGAUAAGAUCUCCCACGGGGAAGUUAACCUGAGAACAGUCAGCGAAGGCCUUGUUCAUCACGUCUUGCACCUGACGGCACUUACAUGCAGUAUUGAGCGACUUGUGGGUACAAAUAGUCAGAGUGACUACACUGAUGUAUUAAGGAACUUGUCAAAAAGCUAUCGGGCCCACUUUCACCCUACUCAGCUUCUGUGGAGAAAGGUACAGGAGGCCAUUGACAAGUUGUAUUGCCUUGGGACAAACCAACGACCUAGCGAAGGCUUAACCACGAAACGGAAUGCUGGUGACAUAAAUGCCUGUAUGCGUCUUCUGGGCAUGAAAUGGGACGUAGCAUUGCCAAGAAGAUGGAAUUCAAGUCUUCUUGCAGAUCUGGACCUCCUGAGAAUGUCUGUGGUGAACACUGCCCCUGAAACCGUGUUCAGGCCCAGAAAAGAACUCAUGAUUGUGACGCUGUUGAGGCAGAUAUGUGACGAAACCUGCGUCACCUUGGACCAGCUGAAUGACACGCUGGCAUCAAAGAUCAAGAACUGGAAUACGCAUGGGUUGCGGUCACGCCAGCGGGAAAACUUCAGGAGGCUCCUGGAAAGGCACGGCAAGGAUAGCGCUGUCACCACCAAAAUCAUUAUCAACCAUUUAUUAUCAUCACUGAGUCGUAAAUAACCAUUUAUCAGUUAUCACUGUGUUGCAUCAGCCAGCUCAAUAUUGUACCCAUAAAUUUCCCAAUUUCAUCGUACCCAUCGCUUCCUCCACCAACCUUGACUACGUUUCCUGUUUUCUAGCACCCAUUGUGUUACUCUGAUUGGUCAUCAGUGAUCAGUCAUUUAUUUCCGCACACAUUACCUGACCUGCUCAAUAGGUAGUGUGUAGACUACAGUGAAACCUCGGUGAUACGAUCACGGCUCUUACGAAUUU